AUGGACAUAGCUCUUAGAAAUCAACAGGCCUCUAUACAUAAUUUGGCAAAUCAGAUAGGCCAGAUUUCUAAGAUGCUGGCUGAGAGACAGCUAGGGAUGCUCCCCAGCACUAUAGAGUCAAACCCGAGGGAGCAUAUCAAGGUUGUCACCCUGAAAUCAGGUAAGCAGUUAGCUAGCUCUUUACCUAUGGCUAAUGAUGAUGUUGUUGUGCAGGAUGAGCCAGCCAGGAAGGAGCCAGAGCCUAAGCUGAUAGAGCCUGCGCAAACUAAGGAUAAGACGAAGAGUCCUGUGAGAGAAUACCAGCCGCCAAUUCCAUAUCCUAUCGGGUUAAAGCAAAAAAAGGUUGAUCAACAAUUUGGUAAGUUUUUGGAUUUAUUUAAGCAGUUGAGGAUUAACCUACCUUUUGUUGAGGCUAUAUUGCAAAUGUCCAGGUAUGCGAGAUUCUUGAAAGAGAUUCUAAGCAACAAAAGGAAGUUGGAGGACUUGGGAUUAGUGACACUAAAUGAGGAGUGCUCAUCCAUUCUUCAAAAUAAGAUGCCAAUAAAGUGGCGUGAUCCAAGGAGUUUCACUGUUCCCUGUAUUAUUCGUGAUUUGCAUAUUAGUGAUGCUUUAGUUGAUUUAGGAGCUAGCAUCAAUUUGAUGCCUACUAGUUUGUUUGAGAAGUUAGGUUUAAGUAGACCUUUCCUUGCAACAUCUAGGGCUGUUAUAAAUGUGUGUGAUGACAAGUUACAGCUUAGAGUAGAUGAUGAGACUAUUACCUUUGACCUUAGCACUUUUAUGAGACAUUCACUUGACCAUGAUGAUAAUGUAUACUCCGUGGAUGUUUUGGAUGAUAUUGUGGGGUCUCAAUUACAAGAGAUAUUACUUAAUGAUCCUUUGCAGGUGGCAUUACAGACUGAGGAUGAGUAG